AUGUCAUCUUCUCACGGCCAAUCUCUGUGGGAGCCGGUGGUCACCUUCACCGUCCUUCUGCCCCCCAUUGAGCAAUACUCGAUGGCAGGGAAGGGCAGUGAAGGAGGCUACUGGGCUCUCCACGAUCCCAACACUUAUGCCAGCUGCAAGAAUCAGCAAGAGCGACAGAAAGCCGAGCAGUGCCUGGCUUGUGGCAACCCUUCCACCCGGAAGUACCGCUGCCACUGCAAGGCGGCCAGGUACUGCUCUGCCCAGUGCCUCGAGGCUGACGACCUCCAUGAGCGGCUCUGUGUGGGCCGUCAAGAUGCCAAGACCAAGCCUGCCUUCAGCCUUCCCUUGGAGAGUCGACCAUCUAACAACCACUUUCUCGCCGCGUUACUUCCUGUAGAUGGAUCCAACCCUAAGCCCAUCUGGAUCUCCCUUCAGAUGGAUCGCAAGACUGGCAAGAUGCGUUUUGCUACCGACGAGAUCACCAUUGCGAAGGCGGCUGCCAAGUCCGACGAUAGCUCCGACCCUGACAUCAUUCACGUCGGUCUGAACUCGAUCGCGACUCCCAUCCAGAAGAGCCUAGUUCACGGAGUUGACGCUAUCAAGUUCGGUUCGUACAAGAAUACUUCUCCCGGUAACCUCAAUAGCUGCAUUCAGAGCUUUGGCCAGCCUGGCUUCCUGGCCUGUUACUUCGGCGCUAUGGUGAUCUGGGCGUACGACCUCGAGACCAACGGAGCUUUCAAGUCGCCUCGCGACUUGGGCGUGCGCGACCUGCGUCAUGCUUUGGACUGCCACGUCCUCAAUUCUGUCAACCCGGCCGUCUCUCAGCCUAGUCGAUUCAUCUUCGAGGGUGGUGUCAUCCCGGCUCUCAAGAUCAAUGAUCUCUCGGAUCGUUGGUUGGAGGCUCUGGGCGUUACUCGCCAGAUCGAGAAGGUCCAUGUCCCCGCCUCUCACCAAUACUUCGAAGCCUUCCCCAUCGGCAAGCUAUUCCACCUCGGUCUUCGUUGGUAUGUUCGAACUGGAGUCCCCAUCGCGAUUGCUCCAACGGGGGAGCUCCAUGAGGACCAUGAGGAGAUCCUCCACCACUUCCGCCAGACCGUCCUUCUGGUUGCUUAG